GAAAGAAAGAGAGAGAAAGAGGCCGGCAAAGCGGUUAAAGAUAGACAUACGUACGGAUAAUCUUGUCUUCGCCAAUUUGGCUGUGCCUCAUUGUUUUGGGGGAGAAGAAGGUUUGAUUUAAGGUUUCUGUGGAUGGAGAUAAACCCAUCUUCUUCUCCAUCCUCAACAAACCCCUCAAUAAUACUAUAGCAGUAGGAGUAGAAAAACCCAUCAAAAAUUUGUUUGCUUUUAAAAUAAUGUCAUCUUUCUCUCUUGUCUCUCCUCCAACCAUCCCUCAUCCUCACAUCAUAACCAGACAUCCACCAACUCCUUCUUCUCCUAUUUUCUCUCUUUAUCGCAACCCUUUAUCUCUACAUGCCCACAACACCACACCAACCAAUCUUUCUUCUCCUCAUGGACCAAUACAGACCUCUAAACUUGAUACUGUGGCCAAAACCUCACGUGGGUCUUUUAGGAUUUCUUCUCUUUCCAACAUUGAAAGAGAAUUAGGGACUGGAAGCCAAGAUGACGAAGAAGAGGAAAUAGAGGGCGUAAGUCCAACUUCUGUUUUGCCUGACAGAUGGGAUGUUUUGGGUCUUGGUCAAGCUAUGGUGGAUUUCUCUGGCACUGUUGAUGAUGAAUUUUUGAAAAGAUUAGGAUUAGAGAAGGGAACAAGGAAGGUUGUGAACCAUGAGGAGAGGGGUAGAGUUUUGCGGGCCAUGGACGGUUGCAGCUACAAGGCAGCUGCUGGUGGAUCUCUUUCAAACAGCCUGGUAGCCCUGGCAAGGCUUGGUUGUAAAUCCGUAGGAGGCCCUGCCCUAAAUGUAGCCAUGGCAGGCAGUGUAGGGAGUGAUCCAUUGGGAGGCUUCUACAGAUCAAAAUUACAGAGGGCAAAUGUGAAUUUUCUCUCUGAACCUGUGAAAGAUGGGACAACAGGAACAGUGAUAGUUCUCACAACCCCUGAUGCACAGCGAACCAUGCUCGCAUAUCAGGGUACAUCUUCAACUGUUAACUAUGAUCCAUGCUUGGCCAGCAUAAUUUCCAAGACGAAGAUACUGGUAGUUGAAGGCUAUUUAUUUGAACUUCCUGAUACAAUUAAAACAAUUUCAAAAGCAUGUGAAGAAGCACGCAGGAGUGGUGCGCUGGUUGCAAUUACAGCAUCAGAUGUGUCCUGCAUUGAAAGACACUAUGAUGAUUUCUGGGAAAUUGCUGGAAACUGUGCCGAUGUUGUGUUUGCAAACAGUGAUGAAGCAAGAGCUUUAUGUAAUAUCACUGCAAAGGAUAGCUCAAUUUCAGCUACAAGGUAUCUUAGUCAUUUUGUACCCUUGGUCUCGGUCACUGAUGGGCAGAGAGGAUCCUAUAUUGGUGUAAAAGGAGAAGCUGUAUAUAUCCCUCCUUCACCAUGUGCACCUGUCGACACUUGUGGUGCUGGGGAUGCAUAUGCAUCUGGCAUUUUGUAUGGUAUCCUACGGGGUGUGUCUGAUUUGAGAGCAAUGGGUACAUUAGCAGCUCGAGUUGCAGCCACGGUUGUUGGACAACAAGGAACCCGGCUUAAAGUUCAGGAUGCUGUUGAGCUAGUGGAGUCGUUUGCAUUGCAUUUUGAGCACUCUGCAAUUGGCUCAGAUAUCGGUUCUGACCAUAUUUCCAGCUUGUAACAUGCCCCGCCGGUGGUUAUGCUACCUCUCAAUUCUUUUACUUUACUGCACUCCUUUGUGCUUAGCCUUGACCUGUACAUUAUAACAUUAAUAUGCAUUGGUUAUACUGGCAGUAAAUUUGCUAAAGGCAUUCAUUUUAA